GGUUCGCCGAUCCAUUCUGGGUUGGCCUGUCCACCUCAGUGUCUAAUUGCGAGCUGCAUCGGACUUCCCUUGGCAACGGUGUUUGCCAUCACUCAUAUAAGGCGCGAGGAGGUCCGAAGGCACGGGUCUCUCUGGUUUCUUUGGCUCUCGCGACCGCUUCUGCCCCGUCUGUUGUCUCACAACGCUUUCGCUCUUUACACUGCCUUUGCUCCACGCACCGCUGCUGGACGCUGCCACUCGUUUAACCCAACUAGCCUUUGUUCGCCUCUGUUCGUCUUUGUGUCAAUUCUUGAGCAAUUAUACAUUUCGGCCCGUCCCCAUACAUAUCUCAUACCAAGACGUCCAAGCAUAGCCAAACUUCUAAACAUCACCAUCGUGUAUCGCACAUUGCCAGCCAAGAAAAACACCAUCCCAUCGAACCCACCAUGCGCACUUCCUUCGCCAUCUUCGCUCUCCUGAGCGCCGUCCCUACCUUCGCAACCGCCUAUCCCGCUUCCAGCUCGUACGACUCCGGCUCCCCCUCUCCCUCUUACGGUUCUGGUUCUAGCUCCGGCUCUACCUCUCCCACCGCUGACGCACCGGACUUCCGUAACGACGGCGCUUGCACGCUCUACAAAGCGAAGAACCUUGCCGGCAAGACCUCGCCCACGGACUACACGCCCGUGCCCGCUGAUUCCGGAUGUCUCGACCUGAGCAGCUUGUACGGCGCCUGGGAGGGCAAGACGCGCAGCUUGGUCGUGCAGGAGGGAUACAAGUGUGAAUUCUACAACGACUUCAAAUGCCCGACGACGGCUAGCCCCCUCUGCCUCAACGCCCAGACCAAGAAGAUCACAAUGAAGACGCUGCCUAAGGAGUGGGACCAGACGAUUAAGAGCGUCAAGUGCGAGAAGCAGGAGAAGCCCAAGCCCAAGCCCAAGCCCAAGCCUGCGCCUAAGCCGCAGCCUACGCCCGUGUCGGGAGGGUCGUCGUACUAGAUGUCCUACCGCCCUGUCCAAGAUUUUGGUUGUGCGAGGUGAGGCGGCUGGUGUGUGGUGCCCAGGUUGUGGUAGUGGCUACUAUGGUUGGGUGGGGAGAUUUGUGUCGUGGAGUGUACUGCGCAGUCCGAUAGUUCGAUACCCUCAAUUCCUUUCUCCGCCUGGAGCUCUCAAGGACCUAUAAUGAUAAUUCUUGAAAAAGAUCCCAGGGUGGUGAAAUCUUCGGUACAGAGCGGUGCUGUAGUGCUGAAUUUGUGAAUG